AUGAAGAGUAUAAGUCAAUGUGUGAAUCCAAACGAGCUUAAGAAACAUGUACGGUGGGGAACACUGAGUGUACUGGAGUUCAGGAUGGGAUACAAUGCAAGCACAGUCCCUGAAAGUGGGGGUCCGCCCGUGGGACUUAUCGGUCGACCAAUUCGACAUUCGUACUCAAUGAUUCCAAUUGAAGACAGCGUUUCGAUCUACAAAAGCAAAGACUUUUUGAUUAAAAAGCAUCAAAUCGAGACCAUGUCGCUGUCUACGGGCUGUAGUUGUCGUCACCGUAACGAAUUUUGGCUGGAUCCAUUAGAGCGUGUUCGUAUUCUUGCGGAGCAGCGCACAUUAACUGUGGAAGACAUUGGGCUGAUAUGUCAUGACGUACGGGCAACGUUGGAGUCACGCGCUUUUUCGCGUCUAGACGAUGUAAAUGAUAACAAUGUUGGUGUUCCUCAUGCAGACGUGUCGUUGAUUCGAUGUGGCGACGUCUGUCGAUCCACGAGACCGAAAGUUCUGCUUUAUUAA